UGCUUGUGAACCACUCCUACCUGAUGCUGCAUUUUUACUCCAAUUAUUGCUCUCAGCCAUGACUCAUGAGCCUUAUUCAUGAUAGUGAAGCCAUUAAUAGAUAAAGUAUGCUAUCUGAUUACUGAUCUCUGCUUGGAGUCAAUGUUUUCCUGGUAUUCUGUUUAUGCUCAUAAGGCAACUAGAAGUUGGAAAUGGGAGGUGUCACGGGAAAGCUUGAAUCACCAGAAAUGGUUUGGGUACCAGAAACAAAACUAGAAGCUAAAAUGGUUGAAGCUAUGCAGCGAAGAGCAUCUAAAGGAACUGCAAUGAAAUCCUUUAACAGCAUAAUCUUAAAGUUCCCAAAAAUUGAUGAGAGCUUAAGGAAGUGCAAAGCUAUUUUUGAGCAGUUUGAUGAGGAUUCGAAUGGUGCAAUUGAUCAUGAAGAGCUGAAGAAAUGUCUCAACAAGCUUGAAGUUUCUUUCACAGAGGAGGAGAUAAAUGAUCUCUUUAAUGCUUGUGAUAUCAAUGAGGAUAUGGGAAUGAAAUUCAAUGAGUUCAUUGUACUUCUUUGCCUUGUCCAUCUUCUCAAGGACAAUGCUACAUCACUUGAAGCUAAAUCAAGGAUGGGAAUGCAAAAUUUGGAGGCCACGUUUGAAACUUUGGUUGAUGCAUUUGUGUUCUUGGACAAGAACAAGGAUGGUUAUGUUAGCAAGAAUGAGAUGGUUCAAGCCAUAAAUGAAUCAGGGGAGCGUUCCUCUGGACGAAUAGCCAUGAAAAGAUUUGAAGAGAUGGACUGGGAUAAAAAUGGAUCAGUGAAUUUCAAGGAAUUUCUUUUUGCAUUUACACGCUGGGUUGGGAUCGAUGAGGAAGAAGAAGAGGAAGGGAGGGUCUGAAUCAACAUAUGAUGAGCCAUGGCUGGCACUUGCUCCUGUCUUGGUUUUCUCUCGGUAAUAAUAUGAACAUCCAAGUUGGCAAUAGAAACAUGCAGGAUCAUAGUAAGUUGGCUUCUUUCCUUAAGAAUCUUCGGUGUUAAUAGUCUCAAAUAAAGAUGAUGAAGGAGCUUUGCAUCGUGCUUUGCUUGACAAUUAUACAACUUUUGUCUAAGGCUAGGAUUUUCCAUUACUUUGGUCUUUAUGUAUCCUUAUUUCAAGACAAUACGCCCUUGCUGAUUCACUAAGUGUGAAAUUCGUCGGCCAAGCCACCGUUGGUAAUAAAUUAGCCAUCAACAACCAAAUACUAGACACAGUCGCAGAAAUAGUUUGGUUUUUUGAUUUCAAA